UCAACUCGGUAAUUAAUAAUUGCUUUCCUUGUAUUUGUGUGGAAUUUAACCUACGCAAAUCAGCACGUUGUAAAAUCCAAACGUUUUGAAUAUCAGUUCUCAAUAUGUGACACAGUAAAUGAAUAAUUCAUUGAUAUAAAAGUGAGUGAAUAUCUCUUAAAUUAUGUGUUUGGUAAGAAAUCUGAUUUUCGUUGGAUUGUUAUUCAGAUUUUGGACUCGAAUCGUAGCUGAUUCUACAUAUCAGUUAUUUGUUAAUCCAGAACUACGAACAUUGCAAAUAGGGGAUACUAAGGAAUUCCAUUGUUGCGGACGUUUUCCAAGAGGGGGAACGAUACUGUGGUACCAAAGAUAUGAUAACAAUCAUACCUUCCUCCAAUCAACUGAGACGUAUUACAAGUGUGGAAGCGAAUAUAACGGACGUAGCAUUAAAAAAAUAAUAAAUGUACUGGACCACAAUACUGAUCUUUAUUGUAUUUACUGGGAAAAGGAAAAGGCCCAGCGUACGCGCAGGGGUUACAUAUCCAAUAGCAUACAUUUGCAGAAGCAAAAUUUAUAUUCAACAAAGUAUAACUAUGGCUCACAACAACAUAAAACCAACCGUGGUUACGUAACAAUUACACCAACAAAUUAUCUGUCAAAAGUGGGUACGGCUGUAAACUAUACAUGUGAACUACACAAUAUGCAAGUUGAGGAUGUAGAAUUGUAUCAGGAGAAAGAUAGAAUCAUAACAGCAUAUACAAUGACCAGACAAACAUUUCAACCAGAGAACUUGUUUUAUCACGGGAAAAUAAUAACAGAGAACGACAACAACUCCAAGAUAUAUUGCGUUGCAACGCUUGAAGGGACGAAUAAUUUCGUCACAAGUACUAAAAGCGACUUGAUCGUGGAAACUUCAAUUCAAACCAAUCAACCCAGCGACCUUUCAGGAGAAGAAAAUACUAAUAAUGAUAAUCAAAAUGUUUAUCUUCUAUCUCUUAUUUUGUCAGUCAUAUUGAUUUGCCUGAUCGUUGCGGGUCUGGUAAUAUUCUACAAGCGAAGAAAACGUCCACCUUUGGAAGCUCAAAGUGAUGCUGUAACGUACGCGGAGUUGUAUAUCCGGCCACCUGCAUCUGGUAACGUGUUGAAAGAAGAUUCGCCACAAUACGCGCAAAUCGUUGGUUUUUUGGCGCAUAAGAAAAAAUGAUGUCAAUUUUUACGGUUAUAAACUUACAAAUAUUUA